AUGGUAUACAGGGCAGUGAAAGAGGCCAAAGAGAGGAUUAUGGGAAAUGAAAAGGAACAGUAUGGGAAGCUUAGGGACUAUGCCAUGGAGAUCAUUAAGAGUAAUCCGGGAUCGACUGCAAGAGUUGAUGUGAUCCCAAUCCCUCAAUCCCUACCUGUCUUUGACAAAAUAUAUAUCUCCUUUGAGGGUUGUAAGCAAGGCUUUAAGUCUGGAUGUAGGCCUUUCAUCCAUCUAGAUGGAGCAUUUUUGAAGACAUAUCAUGGAGGUCAACUACUAUCAGCGGUGGCACAGGAUGCCAAUAACCAAUUCUACGUAGUAGCAUAUGGAGUUGCAAGAUCGGGGACGAAGGAAUCCUGGAAAUGGUUCCUCACACUGCUUCAGGAAGAUCUGGGUGAUGCACAUCAAUUUGGUUGGAACUUUAUGUCCGACCAACAAAAGGGUCUGCUACCAACCUUAAAGGAGGUAAUGCCGAGAGCACAUCAUCGGAACUGUGUGAUGCACCUGUGGAAAAACUUCAUAAAUAGGUUCAAAGAUAUUCACAUUAGAGACAUCGUAUGGGACUGUGCUAGGUGCACCACUGAACCAGAGUUCAAAGAGACCACGGAGAAGCUGAAGAGGGUGAAUAAGGCAGCAUGGGAAUAUCUGAUGAGGUUUGAACCAGCCACUUGGGUUAAGGCUUUCUUCAGUCAUGGCCCCAAGGUGGAUAACCUGACUAACAACAUGUGCGAGGUAUUUAAUUCAAAAGUCGUUAAGUACAGAAUGAAGCCAGUUUUGACUAUGUGUGAGGAAAUUAGGUGCUACCUAAUGCGGAGAAUGACCAAUCAUAUUAGGCUGUUAGAGCACCAUAGUGGAAAGCUUGCACCCGUUCAGGAGAAAAGGUUGCAGAGGCUGAUAAAACCCAGCAGCAGGUGGAUUGCUGAAUGGGUGGGAGAUAACGAACGAAAGAGAUUUCAAGUUAGCAGAAAGCAAACCAAAGUAGAUAUGGAUUUGAUCAAACACACUUGUUCAUGCAAUGUUUGGCAACUGACCGGCAUGCCAUGCAUUCACGGUAUUGCUGCAAUUAGAAAGAGGCAUGACCAGGUAGAUGAUUAUGUGCAUCCCUGGUUAUGUAUGGAAUCUAUUCACAAGACAUAUGCACAUUGCAUAAAACCAGUACCAAGUGAGGAAUUUUGGGGUGACAAGCUCAAGAGAAGCUUCCAAGUGACAUGCAGCAAGUGCAAUGAGAAAGGCCACAACUACAAGACAUGUAAGGGAGCACCAAGCAACCCAAAUUGGAAACCAAAAAAGAAAAAAGCUAAGAAGACUGAUGCAAACACAACCCUUGGAGCAGCUUCCCCUAUCACAAUCAGCCCUCAACCAGAGGAUCAAAGCCAAACACAGACUGAAAGUUUGGCUGAGAAUAGUGCUGUGCAAGAGAAGCCUACAAAUCAUGACAUGAGCCAGAAUGCUGCAGCAACAACACCAUCCGCUCCAGUCCAAACUCCAUUCAGGCCUCCAUCCCAGCUGCCAAGAAUGGGUCAAACCAAAACCCCAGCUGCUGCCUCCAAAUUCAAACCCAAGCAGACAAUCAGAAGGCCCCAAGCAAGUGCAAAUCCACCUCCAACUCCACCCUCGGAUACCACCCAGACUCAAAGCACCAGUGCCAAUGUCGCUACAUCAGAGGAGACUUUCAAAGUCGUUGGCAGUGAGGCCAUAGGAAUGAAUUUCAUCCCAACUGCUGGAUCCAAGAAUUAG